AUGAGCAGACUUCCACUGUUAUCACUAGAUGAUAUUUUAGGUGGUUCGCCGAAAAAAAACGCAUUUGAGGAUAUAAACCUUCCAAAUACCACCAAUUCAGAGCAAAGGGAGUCACCAAGCAAAACUAUAACACUUCAUAAUGCAUCUAACGACUCAGAAUCUGGUCCUGAUCAGCUGCAUCCAGACGACCCUGAGGCACUGUUAAAUGCCCUUUUAGAAGAGAACCAAGAACGACUACGUCUCAAGAAGCUACGCGACUCUUUGUUGAUCAAGCGCUCUGAAUUGAAGUCGGAUGUGGAGGAAAUCAACAUUAGAGUGAACUAUUUGCGCUCAAAAAAACAGCCACCUGCUAAGAAAAAAGUGAAAAAGACGAUUCGUAAACGGACCCUGGACGCCUCUCCAGCAACGUCACAAGCCCAACUUUCCAUGAUUCCAUCUUCCAAUUUCAGCUUUCUACCCUCAGAUGACUGGAAAGACCGCUUGAAGAUGGUGCGUCACUUUGCUCCGUUCUUGGAUGUUCGCCAACAACAAUCACUUACAAACGAUGACGGCACCAGGACGUUGAUCUUCACUUUAAUAUCGCCCAAUUUGUUCAAAGUUCCUUUCAAGAUAAAUCUCACGUCUCUGAAUUCUGUUUCAAGCAUACAGAUCACCAGCAAAUCUGCACUAAUUACCUUAUCUCUCUUGUCACCCACGAUACACCAAAAGAUAGAACACGACUUCCUUGUGCUAUGCAAGCUCAACAUAUUAAUGCACUGUCUAGCGUCUUUGUCCGGUAUCCUCCAAAAAAGAGUUCAGACAAUCUACGAGAUAAUACGCAAGUUCUCCAAGUUUAUCGCCCACUCUCGCUUUAAACCACUUAUGGAUUCACACGAGAUCGAUAACGAUGUUCGACUUUACGCCAUAGUUCGGACCGUUGAAAGCGUCGAGUUGAAUGUGCCAGUUGAAAAUUCCAUCUAUACCAUCAGACUUGUUUGGAAUAUCAUACUAAGUGACUAUACGACUGGUGCCUGUGGCUCGGACCUCAAGCUUAUCGCUACAAACAAUUCUACGGCCAUGGAUUUAUCGUCGUUGUUUUCCGCUCUAGCAGAAGAGCACGGCGUAGUAGCUGCGCUCGAAACUAUAAUUAAAACGUCGUUUCAUGUCAUGAUAUGA